AUAAAAAUAAAUAAAAAUAUACAAUAAUGUUAGCUAAGAACCACCAGAAUUACUCUUUCUAGCUGUGUUUUUUCCUAGGAAGUAAUAUAAGUUAUCAAGCCUUGGAUGAGGUGAAGCAUCAGCCAUGGCGGUCCCAGACAGAUGGUUAAACUGUCCUCGUAAAGGUCAACUGAUUGCAGGGAAGUUUCUACCUUUCAAGACACCUCUCGGCCCAAACUACAAUCGUCAGAUUCCUGAGGAGAAUCGAUUUGAUCUUCAGAUGUUAUUUUCUUAUCUGGACGGCCACAAGACCAAGAUGGGGCUGAUGGUGGAUCUAACAAAUACAAACCGCUUUUAUGAUAAGCAGAUUGUGGAAACGAAGGGAGCUAAGCAUUUUAAACUACAGUGCCGUGGGCAUGGAGAAUGUCCCUCUGCGGAUCAAACCAAGGCCUUCAUCCAGGUGUGUACAAACUUCAUUGCUAAGAACCCUAUGGAUGUGAUUGGCGUUCACUGCACGCAUGGUUUCAAUAGGACUGGAUUCUUAAUCUGUGCAUUCCUGGUGGAACAGAUGGACUGGAGUAUUGAUGCAGCAGUGACAGUGUUUUCUAAGAGCAGACCUCCAGGUAUCUACAAAGGUCUCUAUAUUGAUGAGCUGUACAAGAGAUAUGGAGAUGUUGAUGAUACACCUAUUGCACCAGAACAACCUGAUUGGUGCUCAGGUUCUGAUGAUCGAGAUGAAGAUGAGAUGUCAUCUCCUACAAGAAGUACCGGCAAGUCUCCAGGCUCAUCUAGUGGACCUCGAGGAGGUCAUGUCAAUGUCAAUAAACAGUUUAUGGAAGGAGUAACCGGUGUGAGUAUUGUGACCGAGUACCAAACAGUGAACCGGUUAAGGCAGCAGAUCUCCAGGAUGGCAGGAUGGCCAAAACAGGGUUUCCCAGGAUGUCAGCCUGUCUCUCUGGAUAACAAGAACCUGGCAGCUCUUAAGCAUAAACCCUACAAGGUCAGCUGGAAAGCUGAUGGAAUCAGGUACAUGAUGUUAAUCGAAGGUCCCAACAGGGUGUACAUGGUCGACCGAGACAAUGUCAUCUUUUGUAUUCAAGAUCUGACAUUUCCUAGACGUAAAGAAGAGGGACAUCUAUCGGAAACGUUACUAGACGGGGAGAUGGUUGUUGACAGAGUUGGUAGCCAUGCUAUUCCGAGAUAUCUCAUAUAUGAUGUGGUGGUAUUCCAGGGUCAACCUGUUGGGCAUUGUGAUUUUGAUCGGAGAUUACUGUGUAUCGAUAAAGAGAUAAUUCAGACGAGGAAUCAGCAAAUCACUCAGGGGAUUAUUGAUAAGACUAAGGAACCAUUCAGCGUCAGGCGGAAAGACUUCUGGGACAUCACCAAAACAAGAAGUAUUUUAGAGGGUCAGUUUUCCAAGCAGGAACUUGGUCAUGAAACGGACGGUGUCAUUUUCCAGCCACAGAAAGAUAGAUAUGUAGCAGGCCGCUGUGAUGUGGUGCUGAAAUGGAAACCUCCAAGUCUUAACUCGGUGGAUUUCAAGCUGCAAAUAACCACCCUCAACAAACCAGGAAUGCUACCUGAAACCAAAGGUCUCCUCUUCGUUGGUGGUGCUCCACAUCCAUUCUCAGAAAUCAAGAUCACCAAGGACUUGAAGCAAUACGACAAGAAGAUCAUCGAGUGCAAAUUUGCCAAUAAUAGUUGGGUUUUCAUGAGAGAGAGGACAGACAAGAGCUUUCCCAAUGGAUACGCCACAGCUGUCGCCGUGUGUAAUAGCAUUGCUAAUCCAGUCACCAAGGACAUCCUACUGAAGUUCAUUGAAGAGCACGCCUUGAAGCCAACCGGUAAGCGUCCAGCGUCGGAAGAAGGCAGUAGGGAAUCAUCCACUAAGAAGCAGCGGGUAACAGAAGGGGAUAGUCAGCUCAUGCCACCACCGAGGCAAACCCACCAUCUGACUCACUGAGUGUGGUGUAGUGGACUUUGUGGAUUGGUAGGUGAGGUUUUGCUGAACUAUCCUGCUGACAAGGAUGUGCUGUUACUAAAUCAACGAGAGUAACGAUGCAAGUUUAUGACAGGAUUCGCAAAACUAACUAAAUGCUUCUCUAACAGUGUAUUGCACUGGACAAGGUGUGCAAAGAUUUGCCACACAAACAAGAUGCUUUUGACCUUCUGGAAAUAUCCAAAUGUCUGAGGAUUGGUUGACCGGACCAUCUUGCUGACAAGAAUGUGCUGUACUAAAACAACAAGAAUAAAGGUGCAAGUUUGGGAUAGGAUUUGCCAAACUAUUGCUUCUUUAAGAGUGUAUUGCAAUGGCCAAGAUAUUCGGAGUACUUGAGAUUAUGCCAAAUUGAUCAUGUUGCUGACACUAAUGUACAUUGGCUCUUUAUUUUAAGAGUGUAUUGCUGUUGCCACGAUAUGUGCAUUAUACUGAAAGGAUUUGCCAAGCACAGACCCAGAAAUGAUGCUUUACUGGCCAACUGGAAAUGUCAAAAUGUCUGUGAGGAUUUGCCGAAUGGACCAUCUUGCUGACACGAAUGUGCCGUACUAAAACAUUGAGGAUUAAAGGUGCAAGUUUCUCAUAGGAUUUGCAAAACUAACCAAUUGCUUCUUCAAGAGUGUACUGCACUGGCCACGAUAUAAACUGCUCACAAAAAGUAAGGAAACUUUUUUCAAUCCAGUA